AAAAGGGGCAAAAAAGAAGUAGAUUUAUUUUUUCAAGAACUCAACAUUUUUCAACCAAAUAAUUUCUCAUGGGUUUCUUGAAAUGGGUUGUUGCCUUUUCCAUUCUAUGCAAUUUUUUAGCAACACCCACCUUAUCAAUUUCUUCUUUUUUGAACAAAGAGGAGUUUGCAAAUAUAUCAGUUAAUUUCUUGAAUCUUGCAAAAAGACCUGAGCUUUUUGAUUGGAUAGUGAGAAUUAGGAGGACUAUUCAUGAGAAUCCUGAGUUGGGGUUUGAGGAAUUUGAGACUAGUAAACUUAUUAGAAAUGAGCUUGAUAAAAUGGGGAUUUUUUACAAGUACCCUGUUGCUGUUACUGGUGUGGUUGGUUUUAUUGGAACUGGAAAACCACCCUUUGUUGCUCUGAGAGCUGAUAUGGAUGCUCUUGCUAUGCAGGAGGAAGUGGACUGGGAACACAAGAGUAAAAUUCCGGGCAAGAUGCAUGCUUGUGGACACGAUGCCCAUGUUGCUAUGCUUUUAGGUGCUGCUAAGAUUCUUCAGGAGCAGCGCGAUGAUUUGCAGGGAACUGUUCUUUUGGUUUUUCAGCCAGCCGAGGAAGGAGGUGGUGGUGCAAAGAAAAUGCUUGAAUCUGGGAUACUUGACAAUGUUGAUGCCAUCUUUGGUCUGCAUGUUUCCCCCAUAAGUCCUAUUGGCACAGUUGCUGCCAGUUCUGGCCCUAUCAUGGCUGGAAGUGGCUUCUUUGAGGCAGUAAUAAAGGGGAAAGGCGGUCAUGCCGCAAUUCCUCAGCACACUAUAGAUCCAAUAUUAGCAGCUUCUAACAUCAUAGUUAGCUUACAACAUCUUGUUUCGCGGGAAACUGAUCCCUUGGAUUCACAGGUCGUUACAGUUGCAAAGUUCAAAGGUGGUAGUGCGUUUAAUGUUAUACCCGACUCUGUAACAAUCGGUGGAACUUUCAGGGCAUUCUCAAAAGAAAGCUUCACACAACUUAAACAGAGAAUCGUAGAGGUUAUCAAACGACAAGCUGCUGUACAAAGGUGCAAUGCAACAGUUGAUUUUGACAUAAAAAAUAGGCCGUUUUACCCGGUGACAGUGAAUAAUAAAGCUUUGCACGAACAAUUCCGAAAUGUAGCUGGACAGAUGCUUGGUAUCGACAAGAUCAUAGAAAUGAAACCAACGAUGGGGACAGAAGAUUUUUCGUUCUUUGCUGAGGCUAUUCCUGGAUACUUUUACUUCCUUGGAAUGGUUGAUGAAACUAAAGGACGAUUCGAGUCAGGACACUCCCCUUUCUACAGAGUCAAUGAAGAUGCACUUCCAUAUGGUGUUGCUUUACAUGCAUCGUUAGCCACGACUUACCUUCUUGAACAUCAGCUAAAAUCAACCACUCGGGAUCAAAAUGUUCAUGACGAGUUGUAAGGUCCUCUGGGAGAGUGGAGACCUCGCAGAU